UCUUCCAGAUGUGUGGCCUCCACAACAUGCAUCCACCAGGAGCAGCCAGAUCCAGGCCAGGACCCAGCGGGAGGGAGUCCAGACUCCUUAUCUUCUCAGUCAUCUUCUUCCUGCUGUUCCCAUUGGUGCAUGGAGGACGCCAAACCUCCCAAGGCCCAGCUGUGAGCUCUUCUAUUAAAACUGCCUUCAUUCAGCCCCACUUGUCACCCGCAGUCUGUGUGACACCCCCACGAAGCAGAAGAGACCAUUUUAGAAACAGAAAAUGUGGGGCUCAGAGAGGUGAAGUUCAUGCCCGAGGCCACACAGCAGGCGAGGUGGAGGUGGUGAGAAAGGAGAAGUGGCGACUCUGUGGCAGCGUGGCCCUGCACCCCAAGGACUCCCCGUGGAGCUGCUGCAGAGACGUGUACCCCUUCCACCGCCCCACACAGAGGUGCUGCCAGACCUCGGGGAUAUUCGUCAUCCCCAAGGACUGCAACAAGUCAGAGGCUGAAGACUGUGGGACAUACACCCAGCGGACCCCAGGUAGGGCCUGGCCGCUUCCCCUUCUGCUCCUCCUGUGCUCGGGAGCCACAGGGACCCUUCCUUCCUUCCCUCCUUCCUGGAAGCUCUGCCCUCCAUGGACGGGACCGUCCGCUACUGGACAGGGGUCUGUGCCAUUAACUUAGCUGUGUCCUCACUUCCUGCCAGAGUCCUGCCCUCCCUGGGCCCAGUCUAUCUGACCCCAGGUGAGGGGGAGGAGUAAGUGUGCACAAGAAGGUCUCACCCAAAGAGGGAGGCUGGGGCUCUUCUGGUCCCUUCCCACAGCUCCCACAGUGACUCAUCUGUAACUCAUCAGGCCUCCCUCCAUUUGGCCUCUUCGAAGCCCCUCCCCCUCCCCUGCCCCUGCCCCAAAUCCCUGUGUGUGAUGGGCAGCCCCCUGGGUGUGUGUGCCACAGAACAUAUGCAGGGGAGGGAUGGGGCAAAGGAAAGAGACU